AUGGUAUCUUCAAUUACAAUCGCUGUCAAGGACACUGAGUCUCAGGUUCUCGAGAAGCGUGCGGCGUUAUGCGACACGCUAGAGGCCAACACUUCCAAAGCCAUUGAAGUUUUCCGAGAUGUGUCCGCUCAAGAGUAUCGAGAGAUGCGACAAAAUGGCACAAAUGGCUUCAACAAACCACCUGAGAUUUCAGAGGCUGAAAACAUGACAAUUAAGAGGCGCGACGGCACGGACAUGGAGCUGCGUAUCGUCAAGCCAACAACAGGGUCUAGUAGAGGCUCACUUCUACACUUUCACGCAGGUGGCCUUGUGUAUGGAACUGCUCGUGGCCAAGACAACUACUUGCAAGCACUGGCCAACGCACUAGGUCUUACAGCCGUUUCGGUCGAGUAUAGGCUCGCGCCAGAGCAUCCUUUCCCAGCUAGCCAGCACGAUGCCACUGACGCAGCCCUAUACGCCAUCUCUGCGGACGGUGAGGACAAGUUGGGAGGUCCUCUUCGUCUAUUUGCAGGCGAGUCAAGUGGUGCUUAUCUCGCUGUAUGGACCGCUAUCUCACUCCGUGACGAUCACGGUGUAGAUACCAAAGCCACCUUGGCUGGUUUGUUGUGCAGUUACGGAAUAUAUGAUAUUUCGUAUACACCGUCCCUACUCCGCCAUAAGCGGAACAUAAUUGUCGGACGUGAGAGUAUGUUUAGGCUCAUGGACGCUGCGUUCCCUCCGGAACAGGUGGUUAAUCGCAAAGAUGCUUCUGUCUCUCCGCUUUACGCGGAUCUCAAGAACCUGCCACCCGCGCUCUUCUUGUGUGGUACCGAAGAUGCUGUUGUUGAUGACAGCGUCUUCAUUGGCGCGCGAUGGAGCCUCGCCGGUAAUAAGGCCGAAGUCAAGUUGGUCCCCAAGGGAUUUCAUGCUUUCUCACUAAUCCCGACGGGUGAAAUACAAAAGGAGGGAGUCUCAGAGGUUAUAUCCUUCGCACUGUCGGUCUUGUAA